AUGCCUCGCAGCCAAACACAAAAGCAGGGUCCGAAAGACCGCUCAGCGCAGAAACCAGCGCAGAAGCGGAAAAGCUCUCGGUCACUCAAUGCACUGGCUAUUGCAGAGAAACAAAUCCCAACCCGAUUGGGUGUUCGACGCAGUCGUCUAGGAGCCUACGACGAUGGCUCCAGCCGCAAGAGAACCACCGGCGGCGAUGACGACGAGGACGACGACGAAGAAACCCCCCACCACAAACGCCGCAGAACUGAGGAUGGCGGAAGCCUUGACGGCGGCAGUGAUAGCGAGGGACAUGAAUGGACACUCGGACAAGUGAACAGCGAUGAUGACAGUGAACUAGACAGCGACGAAGCUCUCGGUGAGAGCGACGAAGAGCGAUUCGAAGGCUUCACUUUCCGCGCAUCCAAGUCCACGUUCAAGCCAAAGAAAGCGGCCCCUCAACCUAAGAAGCCCUCAGAGAUUAACUUGGAUGAGGACUUCGACGAGUCAGAUGAAGAAUCUGACGGUGAGGACUACGACGAGGACGAUGACCUAGGAGAAGACGCAGUUGAUCUCACGACCGCCUGGGAUAUGAAUGCAGCGGCCGAUGAGGAGGAGACCAAGGAAGCCGCAGCGAAAGCCAGACGAGCUGCGAGAGACGAUAGCGAUGAGGACUCUGGGUCAGAGGGGGACAGUGAAGGUGAUGCCAGCGAUGACGAUCUUUCUAUCUCGGACGAUGAUACUAGUGUGGAUCCUCACGGACUAUCGAAACUACAAGACUUUGUCCAGUCUAUGGAGACUGAGAAACCUACCAAACGCACUCAGAAGUCACAAGAGCAGGGCAAGCCAUCGGAAUACGGCUUGACUUCCUCGAACAAAUUGACUAUUGCCGAUCUCCUGCCCUCGAUCACGGACUCCCGCCUCAAAAACUCCCUCAAACAUGUCGACGCUGUGGUCCAAGCAUCAAAAACGGGCAUCCCGGGGAAGCUAGACGCUCCUCUGGCAAAACGCCAACAGGAUCGACUCGACCGGGCUGCUGCCUACGAGAAGAGCAAGGAGACUUUGAACCGAUGGCUCGAGACUGUGAAGGCCAACCGCAGAGCCGAACACUUGUCCUUCCCGCUCCGUGAUCCCGAUGCCGAGCAGACUCACCGUUUGGAAGCUGCCAAGCCGCAGACAGACCUAGAAAGCGCAAUCCAGAACAUUCUUGUGGAGAGUGGUCUGGCUGAGGCUGAAGGUAAAACGGCCGAGGACCAGAUCCAGAGCUUUGAGGAGUUACAAGCUCGCAACAUUCCGGUCGAGGAGAUUCAGGCACGCCGGGCAGAACUGCGCAAGCGACGUGACCUUCUUUUCCGAGAGGAAGUGCGCGCCAAGCGUAUCAAGAAGAUCAAGAGCAAGUCUUACCGCCGUGUGCAUCGCAAGGAGCGCGAGAAGCUGGAGCAACAAGAGCGCGAGGCGCUUCAGGCAGCCGGCGUGGAUAUGGACGACAUGGAUCAAGAGAAGAACGAGCGCAUGCGAGCCGAAGCCCGCAUGGGCUCCAAGCACCGUGACAGCAAAUGGGCCAAGGGCUUGAAAGAGACCGGUCGCACUGCCUGGGACGAGGAGGCCCGCAACAGCGCAGCCGAUUUGGCUCAACGAGAGGAAGAGCUACGGAAACGAAUCGAGGGCAAGCGUGUUUCCAAUGGAGAUGAUGACUACUUGAGCUCUUCCAGCUCCGAGUCGGAAGAUGAGGAUCCUUUCAACGAACAAGGUUCCGAUGUGGAAAGAGAGAAGAUUCAGCGAAAACUCAAUACUCUCACAGGCCCUGUCGAUGCUUCGGGUGCCGUUAAGGGACCUCAUGCCGACCUCUUUGAGAUGAAAUUUAUGAAAAACGCCGACGCCGCUCGCAAGGAACAGAAUGAUGCGGAGCUUCGCCAACUCGAGCGUGAACUCAACGGAGAGGAAGCCCAGCCCGAUGCAGAGACUGAAGUCGGUCGGCGAAAGUUCGGUCAAUCAAAGAAGGCCGAUCCGAAAGCUCGCGCAAAGCAGUUGCUCAAGAAUGAAUUCGAAGAGAAACUGGGUUCUGAUGAUGAAGAUGCACAGGCGAUCGAGUCUGACGAUAACAUGGACAUUGUAGUCAAUGGUACCACCAAGCAGAAAUCGGGGGCCUCCGGUAACAAGAAGCCUUCGCAAGCUUCGCGCGACUCUGUUAACCAACAAGACGACACACCCGCGGAGGACGAGAAUCCUUGGCUAGUUCAGACUGGACGGACCAACAAACGCCGAACCGGCCCAGACGCGCAAGAGAGCAUUGACAUCUCGCUUGAUGCUAGCCUGCCUCAAGCUGUUUCUGCAAAGCCACAAAGCAAGAAGCAAAAGACAAAGGCAGCUCUCGCUAAGCAGCAAUUCGACGCCGAUAGCGACAGCGACGAUGAGGCAAAGGUCCCUGUCCUGCUCAAGAAUCAUGACCUCGUGAAGAGAGCCUUUGCCGGCGAUGAGGUCGUCCAAGAUUUCGAGCAAGACAAGAUGGACACCAUCGAAGACGAGGGCGAUAAGGUCGUCGACAACACACUUCCGGGCUGGGGAAGCUGGGCCGGUGAAGGUGUUAGCAAGAGACAGCAAAAGAGGCAAAAGCGGGAUAUCACCACUGUUGCGGGUGUGAAGCCCCAGCAGCGUAAGGAUGCCAAGCUUGAUCGGGUCAUCAUCAACCAGAAGCGAGUCCAGAAGAACAAGAAGUACAUGGCAAGUCAGCUGCCGCAUGAGUUUGAGACCAAACAACAGUACGAACGAUCACUGCGACUCCCACUGGGCCCCGAGUGGUCUACAAAGGAGACCUUCCAGAGCGGCACCAAGCCUCGUAUCAUGAUCAAGCAGGGCGUCAUCAAGCCCAUGUCGAAGCCCAUGCAAUGA